CAUCGAUGGCACACAAAAUCUACGAUUUAUGUUUUACGCUCUCUAAUUAUUAAUUUACUAUUUAAAUUAAACAGUUUGUUGCUUAGAAAACAAUCACCAAUACUUACUCUACGCGUAAAUUAGAUUAUUGUGUGUGUUAGAUUGUUUGUAACCUGUUAAAGAUGCCUUCGUAAGCGACCCUGGUAGUCAAGCAUGUCAAAGGCUCCGUGGCUUUGGUAGCAGUCGGUUCUCCUGCACUGCGUACUGAAACUUAUUAAUGUUUUCGCUCGAUCGUUGUGUUAAUAUUUGUGAUAAUUCCAUAUUGAACAAUAAAACCAUGUUUGAUUGAACGGCAGUGAAUUUGCAAAAUAUUCUAGUCCAUUUCUUCCAUAGUAUACCCUCGUUUUUUGAUUUUACGGACUUGAAAAAUAUAAGUUAGUGCCAUACAAAGCGCCACCAUGUUCAGCGACUCAUUCGAGAGACGGCUGAUCCAGCAAUGCAGCCCCGUCGGCAGGAAGUCACUGGUCAUGAGGUCUGAGAGGUUGGACAGGUUCGUGCCUCUCAGGCGGGGGCAGAAUUGGCAGACCAGCUUUCAAGCUAAAGGCAAAGGCGCAGAGAACCAGCCACCAAAAUCGCAGAGAGACGCCAACAGCGACAGCCCAGGUGGCGGUCGUGAUUACCAAGUGUAUGGCUGUCUCCUGCGAAACGAGCUGCUUGGCACACAGAUCGAAGAGUUGAGGGGUCCCCCGGCGAACAGGACAGAGGGGAACAGGACGGCCCUCCGGCCCGUGAAGGACCUUAAGGGGUACAUGCCGCCCGUCUACAGCUUCAGCUCGCCUGUGAAGAAAGAGGACACAAUAAACACGCCGCCACACAACCUCUCCGCCAUAUCCACGCCCUCACAAAAGCUACUAUGGGCGCCAAGGAAGACCAUGCGCAAGAUCUCACGGAUACCGUUCAAAGUUCUCGACGCGCCAGAACUGCAAGAUGACUUCUACCUGAACCUGGUCGACUGGUCCGCGCAGAAUGUGCUCAGCGUCGGCCUGGGGAGCUGCGUCUAUCUGUGGAACGCUUGCACCAGCCAGGUGACCAGGCUUUGUGACUUGUCGUCAGAAGGCAACGCGGUCACGUCAGUAUCUUGGAGUGAGCGAGGCAGCAUCGUCGCCGUGGGUACACAGAAGGGACAUAUUAGCGUAUGGGAUGUGGCAGUUAACAAGGAGGUAUCAAAAUUGCACGGGCAUUCGGCGAGGGUCGGUGCGCUGGCGUGGAACGGUGACGUGCUCAGUUCGGGUUCUAGGGAUCGGUACAUCAGGCAACGGGAUACGAGGACUCCGCAAGUCAACACAGCGGUUCGGGUGCUUCAAGGCCACCGGCAGGAGGUGUGCGGGUUGAAAUGGUCUCCCGACGGUCUCUCGCUGGCGUCGGGGGGCAACGACAAUAAACUACUCAUCUGGUCACUGCAUUCGUCGACACCGGUACAAACGUACUCGUCGCACGUGGCCGCGGUGAAGGCCAUCGCGUGGUCGCCGCACCAGCACGGGCUGCUCGCGUCCGGCGGCGGCACCGCCGACCGCUGCAUCCGCUUCUGGAACACGCUCACCGGACAGCCCAUGCAGUACGUCGACACGGGUUCACAAGUCUGCAACCUAGCGUGGUCGAAGCACUCGAGCGAGCUGGUGUCUACGCACGGUUACUCGCAGAACCAGAUAUUGGUGUGGAAGUACCCUUCGCUCACACAGGUGGCAAAAUUAACCGGUCACUCGUACCGCGUCCUCUACCUGGCCCUAUCGCCCGACGGCGAGGCGAUCGUCACCGGCGCCGGCGACGAAACGCUGCGUUUCUGGAACGUGUUCUCCAAGUCCCCGUCACACCGAGAGCGGCAGAGCGUGCUCAACCUACACACGUCGCUCAGAUAAAC